CGCCGUCCCCGCUGGGCCGGAGCAGCAGGUUCCCGCACUCGGGGUGGCGCUCCAGGAGCAGCUGAGCCUCCAGCCGGCUCACUUUCAGGAAGCACCUAGGGCGGGUCGCGUCACUCACCAGGACAGGCCCCGCCCCCAGAGACACAGCCACGCCCUCCCCACGUAACCCCGCCCCUGGGCACCCAGCCUUGCCCUCCCGUCCGCGACCUGGUUUCUGGAGACCCUGCCUUGCCCGACCCCAGGCCCAGGCUCUGCCUCCGGAGGCUCAGGCUAUCCUGCGGGCACACAGGCCAACACUCAGAGACCCAUACCCGCCUCCCAGGCACCUAUACCCUCUCCUAUAAAACUUGUCCCGCCCCCAGGCACCUAGGCUCGCCCAUGGAGAUCCAGGCCCGCCCCCAGGCAGCUAGACCCGCCCCAAACACCCAGUAGGGCUCCCAGCUGUGAGACCUAAUCCCCGCCCCUGCCCGGAUGCAGUCUUACGCUCAAGACCCAACGCCUGGAGACCCCGCUCACUGCCCUCUCCGGCUCCAUGCUGUCCAGCCCGCCACCAUCCUGGAGACCCUCGGCACUUACGAGGGCAUCUCGAGCGCACGUCGUGCCUCUUCUUUGGCCAGGACCUCGGCCAUCAUGUACAGGUGUCCGGGCAGCAGGUUCAGAUUUCUGGCUACCCUGCUUUGAAGAAGUCUUUCGGCGCCAUUUUUCCAACAGCGUUAUUUUUUUUUAUUUUAUUUUUUUGUGGUACACGGGCCUCUCACUGCUGUGGCCUCUUCCGUUAAGGAGCACAGGCUCCGGACGCUCAGGCCCAGCGGGCAUGGCUCACGGGCCCAGCUGCUCCGCGGCACGUGGGAUCUUCCUGGUCCAGGGCACGAACCCGUGUCCCCUGCAUCGGCAGGCAGAUUCUCAACCACUGCGCCACCAGGGAAGCCCCCCAACAGCGUUAUUUUAAAAUUAAGUUAUAAGGCUGCCUGGACUUUAUACGCAUAGCAAAGAAUAGCCUUUGGAAUCUGCUCAAGAACUGUGUAGUCUGGGCAACCUCUUCAUCUGCUGAACUGUCUGUUCCCCAACCAGGGUGCGAACGCGCCCUCUCUGCGGUGGAAGCAUGGAGUCUUAACCACUGGACCGCCUUGAGACAAAGGAUCAUACAUCGAAAUGAUACUGAUAUUCUACAUAAAGUUCACCAAGGAUAGAUAGUCCAGCGUGUGCAAGCCGGAGGCCUGACUUUCCCCGCUCGCUCCUGCUGACCCGCCCACCGGCGGCGGCCAAUGGCUGGGGCGCUUCCCGCUCGGGGCAGAGCCGCGUCACGUGCCGGGAAGAAAGCACCAGAGGCGCGCUGGGCGUGUGGCUGAGCGGCCAUGGCAGCUCCAGAGUCGCUGUCCCCCGCGGGCGGCGCGGGUGAGGAGGCGCCGGACGAGGACGAGGCGGAGGCCGAGGACUCUGAGCGGCCGGGGGCAUCGGGUGGCGCGCGCGGCGGAGGCGGUGGCGGUGGCGGCGGGGCCGGGCCAGGGAGCUGCGGUGGCCCGGGGGGCGCGCUCACCAGGCGCGCGGUCACGCUGCGGGUGCUCCUCAAAGACGCGCUGCUGGAGCCCGGCGCCGGGGUGUUGUCCAUCUACUAUCUGGGGAAGAAGUUCGUGGGAGACCUGCAGCCCGAUGGGAGGAUUGUGUGGCAGGAAACGGGCCAGGUGUUCAACUCACCCAGCGCCUGGGCCACCCAUUGCAAGAAGCUGGUGAACCCAGCCAAGAAGUCUGGCUGUGGCUGGGCCUCUGUCAAGUACAAGGGCCAGAAACUGGACAAGUACAAGGCUGCCUGGCUCCGGCGAAACCAGCUCCAUAUACCUGCAGCUGCCGCCGAUGAGUGGGCACCUGGGGCAACGACAGGAACCGAAGGCUCAGGCCAGCCAGAGGUCUCUGUGGAACUUGCCGGGAGGGUAGGGAGCAGCCAGCUGAAAGUCCCGUCGCUGUCCCCCCAACCCCGACCCCGCCAGAGCCCGGCCAGCGAAGGAGAGGAGGAGGAGCUAAUGAUGGAGGAAGAGGAGGAGGAGGUUCUGACAGGAGCCUCAGCGGAGGACAAGAGUCGGAGACCACCGGUGAAGGGCCCCUCGGAGCCUGUCCACCCUGAGGCCACGCCCCCAGGGAAAAGGGUGGAAAACAAGAUCCGGGUGCCUGUGCGCUACUGCAUGCUGGGUAGUCGAGACUCUGCCAGGAACCCGCACACCCUGGUGGAAGUAACAUCCUUCGCAGCUAUCAACAAGUUCCAGCCGUUCAACGUGGCCAUCUCUAGCAACGUGCUGUUCCUGCUGGACUUCCACAGCCACCUGACCCGCAGCCAGGUCGUGGGGUACCUGGGCGGCCGCUGGGACAUCAACAGUCAGAGUGGGUAUUUGGGGCCUGUGGGCAGGGGGGUGUUUGGGGCUGGGGUCGAUGUCCACGCCUUCUCCCGCCUCCGUGCAGUGCUCACGGUGCUGAGAGCCUUCCCCUGUCGGAGCCGGCUGGGGGACGCGGAUACCGCGGCCGCCAUGGAAGAGGAGAUUUACCAGAGCCUGCUCCUGCGGGGCCUGUCCCUGGUAGGCUGGUACCAUAGCCACCCGUACAGCCCGGCCCUGCCGUCGCUGCAGGACAUCGACGCACAGAUGGACUACCAGCUGCGGCUGCAGGGCUCCAGCAAUGGCUUCCAGCCCUGCCUCGCCCUGCUCUGCUCCCCUUACUACUCUGGUAACCCGGGCCCAGAGUCCAAGAUCUCGCCCUUCUGGGUGAUGCCGCCCCCUGAGCAAAGGCCCAGUGACUAUGGCAUCCCCAUGGACGUGGAAAUGGCCUACGUCCAGGAUGGCUUCCUGACUAAUGACGUCCUUCAUGAGAUGAUGCUGCUGGUAGAGUUCUACAAGGGCGCCCCUGACCUCGUCAGGUUCCAGGAGCCUUGGAACCAGGAGCACACCUACCUCGACAAGCUCAAGAUCUCCCUGGCCAGCAGGACGCCCAAGGACCAGGGCCUGUGCCACGUGCUGGAGCAGGUUUACAGCGUCCUCAGGCAGGGGAGCUGAGAGCACCAGCCUCCAAGGACCAGGGAAGCCUUUGGUCAGAUGCGGCUCCCCGAGGCUCUGCGUGAGGGGAGUGGGCCCAGGGCCUUUGUGCUGCUUCGUUCCUGUGUGACUGAGGUGUGUGACGGCAGGGGCUCAGAUAAUAAAGGAGAAACAGCCUAGGCAUGUGUCUCACGGAUUCAGGAGGGGUUGCUGUCCAUGCAGCCGUGGCUAUGGGGAGGGGCCGUGCUGGCGACUGGGCGGAUGACAGCCGUCCCUCCCAGGCUCUCUGGGGGCUGGUGCUCAUGUGGGCCCCACCCUGGCUGGAGACCCCUUCGAGAGGGCCCACCCUGCACCACAACCAGGCAAGAGACUGUAGAAAGAGACAUU